GCUCGCUCUGCAGUGCCGGGACUGGGUCUGGUUGGGGAGGGUUCUGAGUCCCGUGCCCGGGAACCCAACGGGAACCGGAGGAGAAAGACGAACUCGCCCCGCCUCCCGGGAAGAUGCAGAGCCUCAGGCCUGAGCAGAUUCGGGGGCUGCUGGAGCCCGAGAGGGCCAAGACGCUGCUGCCUCGGGAGAGCAGGGCCUGGGAGAAGCGCGCCACCCCCACCAAAGACUGGGUGGCUGUGGAGGUCGGGGCCGCCGGCUGUGACGGUGACGAGAAAGGUCUGUCCUCUCAAGAGACUGGGCUGGCCCAGGAGUGGACCUCGGCGGACGUAGAUGACGGGUCAGAGGACUCGCAGGUAUGUUGGACGGUUCCUUCUUCCUUCGCAACCCCCCGCCCUGCAGAUCUCAGUGGGUCGUCAGUUCCUUGCCUCAGAAUUCCGUUUGGGGAAUGUGAGCCCCCAAGAAGCCUCCCCCUGGAAACAGGACAUAUCCCUGUGGUAGUCAGACAUGGCACAAAGGGUCUCCAUGUGAUGUGUAGCUCCAUCCACACAUACCCCAAAACCUUCACUCAUAAACUCAAAGUAACCGUUCAUUCAUCUGUCCCCUCAUUCACCCACCCAACCUUUCAUUUGCCCGCUCAUACAUCUGCCCGUUCCACCCAUGCCUCCAUCCGCCCGUCCAUUCAUCUACCUCAUCUGUCUGUCCACUUAUCCAUCCACUCACUGAUCCUCGCAUCCGUUCACAUUCCCAUGUGUCCAGCCACCCAUCCAUUGAUUCACGGACCCAUUGUAUCCAUCCACUGGCCGUGGUCAGGAUUUGGUUACUGUUCACCCACCCACAUGCCUACCCAUCGGUCUGUUCAUCUCUGUCCAUCCGCUUGUCCACUCACCGAUCCACUCAGCCAUCCGUCCGUAUACCCGUCCAUCCACUAACCACUCCCUGGGUUUUAAUCCCAAUAAUAUUUGUGAAACCAAGCAGAUUUAUCAAGCACGUUCCUUCAUUGAAACACCUAAUGUUUUCUUUGGGGAACAUAAGACAUCAAUAUGUUAAAUAUUAACAAUGGUUCUUUUAUUUAUUUAUUUUAUGCAUUAGGAAAAUCAUACAACCACUCUCAGCAACACGAGGGUCCCAUCUCCCAAUCAUCUGUCAGAAAUCCA